AUGCGAACGUUAUUUCGGGCUCGUGAUUCGCAGUUACUGCACAAUAUUAGUAAUUGGCUGACAGGUGCAGCUGGUGACUGGUAUUUACAGCUUUCCCAAGGUCAUCAUUUGUCGGAUACUCCUGAAAGGAUAGAGGCUGUGAAAAUUGAACGUAACGGUUACGUUCAAAAAGAAAAUGAAACAGCAGCUGAUUUCUAUCAAAGAUAUUUGGGAUUAAAUUUGGAAAUUAAUCCAAGAACCAAAGAAAAUUUACUAAAAAAAUACUUUCUUCGAAAAUUGAGACCGGAACUUGUUCUUUGGAUGAAGGGUGAUCCGGCAACGAUGUCCUUGGACGAGAUACUCAAAAAAGUCGAAGAAGCUGAGAUACAGUUAUUAUGGAUUUCUACGAAUUUUGAUUGUGAUAAGGAUGAAGAAAAUCCGCAGGAAUUAACGAAAUCGUUAACUCGGCAGCUGGUGCGAUUGAAAACACCAGAGAGAACAGUUGUUGUUGCUAAUCUUGACGCACCUUCUUCUCCAUCAACAAAUUCUUCUGGUCAGGAGAACCAGGCAGCUAAAUUUCCUGUUUUUCCAACAAAUAACGAUAGAAAUCGACCGGCUUUUCUUCAAAAUCGACAAACAAAUUUUUAUGGACGAAAUAAUAGUAAUGGCGGAGGUCAGAAUAGUAACAAUAACAGUUUUCGUCUGCCUUUUCCUUCUGAUAACUCUGUCAAUUUUAAUCGUUCAAAUCCAUCAGCGGCAAAUGGUAAUAGAGAACCGCCAGGACCAUGUCCAAUUUGUCGUAAAAAUGGACAUUGGAGAAUGGAAUGCAGAGAUAAGCUGGCAUCCCAUACUAUUCACAAGUCCUCAAUGGAACAGUUCAAAGAACAGGGAAAAAUCGAAGCCUUGAAAUCCUUAUCGCGGCUUCUAAAGCCCAGUCGUGAUGGAGAAGAGGUCUCUCGACCUAUUGUCGAUUCUGUAUCGUCGCCAUUUUCUUCUGCUUUGUUAGAAAUGUCGAGAACUCCGUCAUCACCUAAAUCAGCGGCUUUCGAACAAAAAGUAGGGACUAAUUUAACACUUAUUGAGAAUUUAUUCACAGAAAAAUCACCUAACUCUAGUUUUUCUCAAGCGGAGAGUUCUUCUUCGUCAUCUAUAUCUAAUGCGACGACUGUUUCGUUAUCAACUCCAAAAACAACAAUAUCUGAUCAAAAUUAUAAUUUAUCAGAUAAUUUCAAGCGUGAAAACACCAGAAAUUACAGAAAGCAAGAGAGAAAACUAGAGAAGAAGGAAAAAUCUACAGUUGGAAAGAAUUCUCUCUUUAAAACAGAAUCUAAAGGCUUUGCUGCUACGGUGUUGAAAUUAGAAAGCAAAAUAAAAGAGAAUGGUACUUCUUCUAAUACUUCAACUUGCUUUUAUACCAUCAAAAGAGGUUGUGCGUCCGCCAAAGGAAAAUUACUUGGCACCAUAGGCAUCUUUACCUUAGAUACACGUGCUGGUGUUAGCAUUGUCAGUUUAGACUACUGGCGGCUUUUAAAAGGAACUGAAGCUGUUUUCCCUUAUUCUGGAGCUGAUAUUGUAGACCCAGAAGGCAGUUCUAUUGAACCAGUCGGCUGGGUUGAAGCUGAUAUUACUUUAGCAGGACAAACUUUUAGACAUCCGGUUGUUCUAGCUCGCAAAUUCAAUCAAAGAGUCUUGUUAGGAACCGAUUUCAUGUUCGAAAUAGGUUUAGUUUUAGAUGUACAAGAUGGAAAAUGCUGGUUGAGAGAUAAACCGUUGUCUAAAUUUUUGCUAGCUACUGAUCUUCAGCAGGCCGGUCGCUUGGACAUACCCGUCUACGCUGUUCAUAAAAAAAGAAUUCCACCUUUUCAUCAAACUUUCAUCACGGCGCAAACACCGUUGGAUAUUAGCGGACAAAAGUGGGAAGCCACCACCACUUCUGCGAGUUCUCGACUUUCCAUUGCCAACAGUAUCGUUACUGUUGAACAGAAUAUCGCUGAUGUUAUGGUUGCUAAUCUGACACCACGAUGGAGUUAUAUUCGUCCUGGACAGAAACUCGCUUUCCUUGAUCCUUCUUCUGAUUCUACAGAGAGAAAAUUUGGCAAUCACAUUGCAAAGAUUAGACGACGAUUGCUAGGUCAAGAUCCAAUUGCACGUCGGAUCGAAGAUGAGAAAAUCAAGAUUCGAAAAGAUGCUGAUGUGAGAGAAGGAGAUUUCGGUUCGUCUUUAUCGCUUUUUGUUAAUAAUCAAAGUACAGUUGAGAGGCCAGAUCCCUUGACUGCUCUCGUAGUUCGUUCUUUAGCUGAGAAUACCGAUCUUGCGCGUAUUUCGCCAGUCAAUCCUCAAUUUUAUUCACAAACUGCUGAGAAGCAGUUCGGGUCGUUCAGUGAUUCUACAGAUAUACCGGGUGAUUGGCUAACUGAACUUGAUUUAGCUUCCUCUGGGCUUUCCUCGGACCAAGAAAACCAGUUGCGGCAACUUCUCUUACAAUAUUCCGACAUCUUCUCGUCAAAGCCGGGCCGUACUAAUGCAGUUAAGCAUCACAUUCAUGUGGGUGAUGCCAGACCGAUAAAACAAGGUCCGUACCGCCUCUUAAACCCGGAAAGGAAGGCAGAAUGCACUCGACAGACUGCUGAUAUGCUUAAAAGCGAUGUAGUCGAGCCUAGUUUCGGACCAUGGGCUAGUCCUGUUACCUUAGUCCCAAAAAAGGAUGGCACACUUCGUUUCUGUAUCGAUUUUCGAAAGCUGAACGAAGUUACUAUCAAAGAUACCUAUCCGAUUCCCAGAAUAGAUGAUACACUCGAUGCACUUAAAGGUGCCAAAUAUUUCAGUACUCUUGAUCUUUCUUCUGGGUUUUGGCAGGUUGAAUUGGAUGAAGGUAGCAAGGAAAAGACUGCCUUUGUCACCCAUGAAGGCAUUUUUCAAUUUAAAGUCAUGCCAUUUGGGCUGACUAAUGCACCGGCUACCUUCCAGCGUCUCAUGGACCUUGUUCUACGAGGCCUGAAGUGGAGCUGUUGCAUGGUCUAUUUGGAUGAUGUCAUAAUUUAUUCACCAACUUUUGAACAACAUCCAAUAGACAUUGAUAAUGUCCUUAAUCGGAUAAAAGAAAGCGGCCUUACAUUAAAACCAUCGAAAUGUUUCUUUUGUCGCCGGGAAUUAAAAUAUCUGGGCCAUAUAGUCAGUGCUGAUGGCAUUCCACCUGAUCCAGAUAAAUUAGAAGCGGUCCGGUCUUUUUCCGUACCAUCUAAACCUAAAGAUGUACGAGCUUUCUUAGGUCUUACGGGUUAUUAUAGGCGUUUUAUUAAAAAUUACGCAGAGAUUGCUGAACCUCUUUUUGAAUCGAUCAGAGAAAAACAUAAUCCUAUUUUUGUAUCCACUCCUGAUCGACAGCAGGCCUUUGAACUAUUAAAAGAACGCCUUAUUUCUGCACCAAUUGUUACAUAUCCGAAUUUUUAUCAUCCAUUUACGCUUCAACUGGAUGCAUGUGACUAUGGACUCGGUGCCGUUCUUGCUCAAAGUAUCGAAGGCAUUGAACAUGUCAUAGCCUAUGCCAGCAGGACCCUGCAGCCUUGUGAAAGAAAAUAUUCUGCACCUGAACGCGAAUGUUUAGCCAUUGUCUGGGGCACUCAACAUUUUAGGCCUUAUCUCGAAGGACGGUCUUUUGAAGUUUGGACCGACAUCGGUCCUUAA